AUGUCCGAACCCAAUGUAGUAUCGACUCCAACUCUUACAGCACCGAUUCAACCAUCAUCUAGGGGGACUGCCGUUAUUCCAAAGAAAAAUAAAUAUCUACAAUCCGCCGCCGCCGCCCCAGCAGCAAAAAAACUAACCUUUGAGGAUGGACUCCACUGUGUAGACUAUCUUCCCGGAUUUAACAUGUUGGCCAUUGGCUAUACCAAAGUGGUACGCAUGGUGGAGGUUGUGCAAACCACACGUCCACCUCUCUCCUUUGCCCUGCGAUCCUGUGGGAUGUUUGGUAAUGUUGCUAAAGUAGAAACCCUUGCGUGGUAUCCAAGUAGUACUGAAGCCGUUCUCGCCAUGGUGCAGUUAAGUCGAAAUAUCACUAUUCUCUUUGAUACUUUGGUAGAAAAAGGAGGAAAGUAUAUGACGCAGCAGUGGACACAUAAUGCCAGAGGUCGUUGUCUUUCCUCGUCCAUCUCGGUAGGAAGUGGAUCAUUAAAUACCGCCAUUGUAGGGGCUCCUUCUAUGCCAUCCACACCUUUCUACACAAAUACAUCCAUGUCUACAAAUACAACAAACACAAACACAACAGAGUUUGUUCAGCGGGCUGUGGGGCCGUGUAGUAUGGUGGAAGUUGUAAUAGACACUGGACAUCUUCGAGUGGAGCGAAUUGCGUGGGAUCCACAUAAUCCAUAUACACUUGCGAUUACAUCUAAUGCCACUCACUUUGAACUCUGGACAAUUCCCGUUAUUGAUAAUAAAGUGUAUGCACCACAACUUAGACUUCGACCUCCUUCCCAUGGUGAGCGUUCCAUAACGCGUAGUAUUGCCUUUUCACCAUCCGAUCCAAAUCUUAUUAUUGUUGCUGUUGAGAUGGCGAAUGCUGGGAAAUUGUUUGUAUAUGAUAGACGGCAUGUAGAAGCUCCACGGAGUUUAGGUAUGACAGGACCAUGUCUAACAGUGGCAUUUCACCCAACCUUCUGUGAUCUUCUCGCGGUGUGUUAUCGAAAAGCAAAGACAAAGACAUAUUCUCGUGUGCAAUUCUUUCGUGUCUUGGGGGAAGUUAGUUUAGGGACGCAGAAAGAAUCUGUGAGUAUUAAUAAUAAUAAUAAUAGUGGUAGUAGUAGUGGUAAUAAUAAUACACUUCUUGCAUCUUGUGAUGCUUUGCCUGUGGUGGAGCAAGAAAUAGUACCUCCUGUUGACAGUGUGGAUUCACUUAAUCGUUUACGAUGGCGACCUUGUGGAAGUACACAAACAACAGUAGCCGUGAAAACAACCGGUGAAAGUUCUGUUGAUACCAGUGGUAUUAAAAUUGAUGCCAUUUCAUCACAAUUAUGGUUUGCUACAUCCGCUCUUAAUGGACAGGAAAUUAGUGUUUGGGAUGCUGUAAAUGGAUUUACUCCUAUGUUUUCCAUCAAGAGAGUUUAUAAUGCACGGAAACAAGAUCAGCGAGAACAUACAUUACAGGAACCUACUGAUUGUGUUUGGGUAAAUUCAUUAACCCUUGUUUCUGUCUUUAAGGAUGGUGAUAUUCUACUUACCUCAUUAAUGGAUGAAUCUACUACAAGCAAGGAUACCCUCUUCCGCCGUCCUGUUAGCAAUAUUACGAACCAUGAUAAUAAUAAUAAUAAUAAUAAUAAUAAUAGUAAUAAUAAAAUCAGUAUUAAGAGCAAUGUGAAAACGGAUGAGUCGGAUGUAUUUGGUCUUGGAGCUAUCUUACCAACAGCAGCGGUAGUGGCAGACUUGUUUGGUCGUAGUUUUGUUAUUCGCAACACAACCUCACUUCUUCGAGAGUAUUAUACAAAGAUUAUAACAGCUGAGAAACAGGAGAUGUUAGAGCAAAUGGCCAUUAAUGAAAAUAGCUCUUCUUCACCUAUUAAUGUGAUGACUUCAUCUUUAUGCUCUAGAAACCAGCGUGAGUCUCUUCAUACAACACCCAUGGAAGGAGGGAUAGGGAAUAAAGGAUAUUCUCCUCCUGUGCAAUUCACCUUAUCGCAAACUUCACUGCAAAGUACACCCUUCAAUAAACCAACUCAAAGUCCAUCAUCUGUAAUGUCUGCUUCUGCGGUUGCGGUUCCUGCAGCCACUACUUCAGAUAAUACGAAUGGCAGUAAACGAUUUGAAUUUCUCUUUCCACUGCUGUUUUCUCUCGCUUCACCAUUACUACCAACAACCACCACUACCACAACAACCACAACAACAGGUAUGGUCUCGGAGGAACUCGCAAGGAAUGAGGGAUGUGUAAGUAAGAAUAUGGAGAGAGUGGGUCCACAACAACAACAACAACAGCAGAAUGAAAGAUCUGUACCAGCUUCUUCUGCAGUUGCCAUUGAACAACAUCCUCGUGGUUUCAGAGGAAGUUCAGAUGUUCAGAGUGAAUCUAGUCUUGAAGAAAAGUCGUGGAAGCCACAAUUGCGGCGCUCUGAGGCAGUACCAAUCACAACAACAACAACAACAACAACAACAACAACGGGAACAUUGUCUGUUAGGGGGAAUUCAGUACCUGUAGAUAAUAACUUUACUGAACGAAAUGAGUUAUUGCGUUUAGUCUCUCCACAGAGUGAUAGUAGAACUAUCAAUAGUCCUAUUUCAUUAACACCAUCUGAUGAUGUCCUAAGACAGAGGGCACCCUACACAACUCUUACAGGAAGAAAAGAUCCCAGUAUAUCUUCUUCUUUGCAUGAUUUGCAGUUGAAAAAUGGUACUAGUACUCUCACAAAAGAUACUGCGGCAAAGGCUUCAUUAUUGUUAGGGUCUAAAUCACGUGUGAAUCCAGAAAUAGAACGUUUUGUUCUCUCAGAUGAAGUAUGUGGAUGGGCUUAUGUAGAACGAUCAUCUGAACAUGAGACAUUUGCACGUUACGCUAUGGGAUGGGAAGUAGGAUAUGAAGUAGCACGACAUUUGAGAGCUAAUAGUCAUACUUCUAUGAAUUCUCCUAUGGAAGAGAUAACAUUAAGAGAAGCCCAUAAAAUAGAUAGAUAUUUUGUAAAAAUAAUGCUGCAUAAUGCAAAAGUAUGUGAAGAACGUGAACGAGAAAUACAAAGGGAAAGAUCUAUUAAUUCUAUUAACGAGACUCGCAAUACGUGUGGUGGUAAAAGAGGAUGUUAUAAUGGGAAUGAGAUGGGUUCCGUGGAUCCUCGUGGACAUUUAUGGUCAGCAACAGCAGAAGCCUUGCAAAGCCAUAAUGUUGGGUUAGUCACAUCACUUGUGCGUAGUCAAUUGGAUUAUACCUCCCUUGUGGGUGAUGUACAAUAUAGUGCCGUAUUAUUUCUUUUAUUUUGUUUAUGGUGGAAACAGCGGCAUGUAUGUAUGCACUGUUAUCCAUGUCCGCUACUUUCACUAAGUAAAAAUCUUACGAAUAGUAGUGGUAAUACUAGUACUAGUAUUAGUUGUUCUUGUAAUAAUAAUAAUAAUUAUAAUGAUGAUAAUUAUUAUUAUUAUAAUAAUAAUGAGGACAACAAGAAAGUUGAAAAAGGCUCUGGGAAGGCGGCUGAGUGUACACCACAACAGUGGAGAUUCCGUGCACGUCAAUGGUUAGAACAGUAUGUAUCUCGAUUAUAUGUGAGAAAACUUUAUGUACCACUAAAUGAACUACUACUUAUUGUCCCUGAUGUGAUGGGAGAGUCUAAUCCAGGGUUACCACGCGCUGAUGAUAUUGCACAAAAACUAUUCACAUGCAUUUACUGUGGUACGUGCCAAAAAAAAGAAUUAGUACCACGAACUGGAAAAGGUAAACAAUCAAUGGUAUCUCAUUAUUUAUCUUCUAUGGUAUUAGAUAAAGUAGAGGAUGAGGAUGAGGAUGUGCAGAGAAGUGUUGAUGAUGACUCAAGUAGUUCAUCUGCUGGAGAUUCCUUUUCUUCUUCCUCCUCUUCCUCUUCUUCUUCUUCCGUUUCCUCACGUGAUGGUGGAUCGAUUGCAGUGAGUCCUCCUAUCGAUGGUACUGUGAUUGAUAGAGAGGAAAGAGAAAAAAGUAUUGCUGUUAUUGUUGAGGCUCCCCCACGUAAUGCCUAUUGUAGUCGCUGUUACUCUGGUUCUCUGAUGACGUGUGUAAUUUGCGAGGAAGUGGUAGAAGGAAUGUAUCUUUGGCUGCGUUCUUGUGGUCACGGUGGGCAUGUACAUCACAUUAAGGAGUGGUUGCAAGUAUCAAAUGAGUGUCCAUGCUGUGGAAUACCAAUUCUCUUUUCAGAUGAAACAAGCAAAUAUGCUUAA